CCGAUUUCUUCAUAAAUAUAAAGCAGGAAAUCGUUUUAAAUUUUGCAGUUCGAUUUCUUUGCUGUAUUGUCUAGAGUAGUGGGGUAUAUAAAUAUGACGGGCUUAAUAUUGAGAAGAUUCCAGUCUACUGGGUCCAAAAUUAUAGCGAGUUGUCCAAAACCAGAGUAUGAUACCGGGUGUACAUUUUGUGAAGUUCCUGCCCUUCCUUUCAGCAAACAAAUCGAUAUGACCACGAAUUUGGCGUCAACCAAGACAGCUCCUUGGAAGCAUGUAUUGAUAUUAUCUCAUGGUAUUAGGGACUUCAACGAUAUGCCUUCUAAGAUUGAGUUUAUUCCAGACUCAUUGAGUUCAUCUAUAAAUCAUUUAAAGAAUGGUAGGGUUAGUGCUCAUCAUCCCAUAUUAGUGUCUAAUAUUUUAUUAAAAGAACAUGAUCUGAUAUUGAAAUCAUUUGGAAUAGAAGAAAGUAAGAAAGAUGAACAAUUAGUUUAUAUUUAUCCUGAUAAUAAGGUGGUUAAGUUUGACAUCAGUAAGACAGUUCAAUUCAUCAAACACUACUUGACUCCAGCAGACCAUCAACUUGAAGCUGUUUACAAUCCAUUUAAAGUGGCUGAGAAGGUGAAAAUACAAAAGGAUAUAGAAGAUGAAGAUGUAAAGGAUACUAGUCAUAAUUUCAUUGAAUAUCCUAUUUCCAAAAACUUGGUAUUAAUCUGUGGUCAUACAAAGAGAGAUAUUCGUUGUGGAGUUCUUGCUCCUCUCUUGGAAAAUGAAUUUUCAAAAGUACUUCAAAAAGAAGGAUUACAUCAAGAUACUGAAUUAGGUUUAAUAUCUCAUAUAGGAGGACAUGUAUAUGCUGGAAAUGUGAUAUACUUCCCCAAAGACGUUGAUAAUAAUCAUGGUAUAUGGUAUGGUAGAGUGUUUCCUGACAGAGUUCAAGGAAUCGUUAAACAAACAAUUAUGAAAGGGAACAUAAUUAAAGAGUUAUACAGAGGUCAACUUGCUGAUUGAAUCCAACUUACUAUUAUAUCUAGAUCCAAACUAUAACUGUAAAUAGAUGAUAAAUAGAGUUAACUUGUACAUAUAUAGAGAGUUAUGUGUGAAAGCGCACAGAAACGCUAAAUAAAUUUUUGAACCACACACGCGUUGUUUACAUU